UUAGAUGGUCAUCAUUUCGAUUUUGGGAGUUUCCCCUCUUGAGACCUUUAAUUUUGAAUGGAAUAGGCCAUUUAGUAAAAAGUGUACUUGAUCACUGUGGCAAAGAUAUACUAAAACAAUACACAAGAGAUUACGAAUAUCCGUACACCGUGCACCGGAACUCUUCAUUGAUUAAACAUCAUUUCUUUCAAUUGAUCAUCAGUUCCCGCGAUGUAAAUAUGGCUGUACAGGGACUUCAAUCCACCGAAUUCAGUCUGAUGUGUAUCUACAUGAGCAUGUUCGUGAUAGACUUUGGAAUAGCUCAGAUGUGCGGAAGUAAACAAUCACACGUGAUAAAGAAUUGUAAUCGAGAAAUCAGUGAUCUGGAGGAUGUCCAUUUAAACUUUAAUGACGGUGAUCUAUAUGAUAAUUGUAUAUGCACUUUGAAAUCGCAACGGAGUGGAAAACUGCAGAUCCAAGAUUUGUUUCCUCGAUCCCAGGAUUGCUCCACAGGGAUACGGUUUACCACAACCUCUACAGGAGGAACACAGGAAAAGACAUUCAACUGCACGGAAUCAAUUGUUGAAAACAUCACUUUGGACACCAAGGGAAGUCUCUCCAUUCAGCUUGUACGAUUUAGGGGAGGGAGAAAUGGAAGCGAUGAUUUUUACUAUUGUUUCAUGAUUUCCAAGCGAGAGGGUAUAGAGACGUUUACAGUGUCUUGCCAACUUAGCGAUGAAACUCCAGCCAAUACUAAGCGGGAUGUUGAAGACUCGAAUGCUCUUGCCAUAGCUCUUUUGUGUGGAAAUGGUGUCUUAAUAGGCGUUAUUGCUGGAGUUGUGGUUCUUCUUCGACGAAAUAGAAACAAAAAUACGAGAAGGACUUCUCCAGAAAAAAAACCUAGACCUACUCAGCUUGCUAACAAUUCCGACCAAACUGGAUAUUCUAAAUCUACAGAUAUAUAUGGACUUAAGGACAAUCCUCUAUAUCAGCCCGCAAAUGACAUCCAGCACUAUACGUAUAUAGAUACGUCACUGAACACGCUGCAGAAGCCCGCGAUUAUCAGUGACCAAUCACAGAACUCUAAAGAAACGUCACGUUCAAUCCCGACCCAUUCAGUUCAGCAAAACGGGUCAUCAUCAAAUGAGGAGGAUGGUCUGAAAAGGGUGACCCUGUAUCAGCCCGACGAUGACAACCACACAUACACUUAUAUUGAUACAGAAAUGAACACAUCGAGGGGUCCCCAUUGUUUGACUUGACAGACCAGGAUCAAUUGAAGCUGUAACUUCUGAUCUUAAUGACACUUAUUCUGUUCAGUACAUAUCAGUUAUCAGAGCGGAUAGUUUGUCACGGGGAGUUAAAACGUAUUAUGGAAACCCUUUCCAUCAGUUCUCAAUACACCCAUAGAAGCCUACACUUACAAUAUACAUGUGUAUCGCCAUCCUUGUAUAUCGGCGAGGUUACUACAAAUGUAGUUGUUUAUUAGUCAAAAGCAAAUACAGCUUAUAGACAAAGUAUACAAUGUAAUAAAUCUAAAGUCAUAUAAAGGUCAAGAAAGAAUAGAAAUUGUGCUUAUACAUUGGUAUUUCCAAUUUCAAAGGAAUUCUUAAUAAAUUUACCCAAGUUACAUAAUUUCUUUACAUUAGCGUCAAGUAAAACAGACUCUUCAACGCGGGGCGUACCCUCAUAACGUGACAUUUAUCACAAGACAGCGUCUCUACAUCUGCAAGAGUUGUUAUACUAAUUACAACACUAAAAGUGACCCCAGUCUUUAUAAUUGAACUUGACAACUAUUAUGAAGUUUGUUUGAUGUAUAGUGUAACUACUGUAGAUCAAUGGUCAUUCAUAUCCAAUACUGCGAUGAUUUGUCAAAUAUUAGAAAAGAAUACCUACACAGUAGGUAUUACACAAGACCUAUUGUUAUUAAAUUUCAUGAAAUUAUGUCAAUCAGUAAGGUUAAAACACUUAAAAAACUCUGUAAGUUUAUCUCAAAAAUCUAUGAGUUAGUCUGUCCUCCUUAAUAUAUUUUAUAAAUACUUUUUCAAUACAUGUAUAUUGUAUAUUUGUAGAUAUUCUGACCUUAUUCUUACUCAAAUGUAUGUUUACUUAAUGCACCUCAUGUACCAUGUAUAAUGUGGUUUGGGUGAAUGAAAUGAACUUGAACUUGAAAUUGAUGAAAUGUUUUCAGUUUCCAAGAAGAAAUUUGAAGAGACAAACUCCCUGGGAUACAUUGUUAUAAUCAAGAGUUUGUGGAUACCGUUUUUGUCAUGAAUUUAGAUUAUGAUUUGUUUUCAUGCAAGCAUGACCGAUUUGCCACUUUCAAUGGGAAACAUUUUUCACAAUGCAGCAGGAGUUUUUGUCCCCUGAGUACAGAGUGCACAAGAAGUUGCAGUCCUCAGUUCAUAAUGUUAACAGGGGUGGAUCCAGGAAUUGCGGUCAAGGGACGCAACUUUAUGAGACAAGGGAUCUGGGCGUCGCCUUGAAGCCCCCAGUGGGUCCUGUGCGAAGCUCUGGUGGGGGCCCAGGGGGCGAAGCCCCCGGAAGCUCCUGGAUUUUACUGUUUUAAUAGAGCUUGAAAUAUGUCUCCUAUUUAGUCAUUUGUAAAAAUUUUCCAUCAUUUUUUAUACGGUGAAAUUAAUAGAAUGACGCAAACUUUCAGGGUUCUUUUUUUCUUUUUUUAUAGAAAAAAUUAAGUUCUGCCAAUAAAGUAAUUCAAGAAAUCAAAA